AUGCCCUCCGAGGAGAAGGCUACGUUAACUGACCCUUAUGACCCGGCCGGCCUGCCGGACUAUGGUGAGGAUUUUAUCGAUCCAGAUGACCUCCGUCGAUUUGAGCAGGCUCUCAACGCGCCCGAAGCUUCCCCAUUGGUAGCCCUCAACGACUGGCGCCCGAUCAACCAACGCGUACGCAAGACCCGCGGUCGUCGCAAGGCCCCGAAACGAAGCAAGGAUGAGACGAGAGAAGGCGUGCUCUACACAAUCCUCAAGUGGCCCUUCCUCUUCACCGUGUUCGCCUGGAUCGCGGUGCUGAGCUUCGGCUACGUUUUGGUUCGAGUAUACAUCCUUCUUUACGAACAAUGGAUCACAUGGAGAGGAAAGAGGGAGCGACUGAGACGCGACCUGUCGUCGCAAAAGUCUUAUGCGGACUGGCUGAGGUCGGCCCAAGCGCUGGACAUCCACCUGGGCAACGAAAAGUGGAAGCAGACCGACGAGUACGCUUACUAUGACCAUCUUACGAUCAACAAGGUUGUCUCCCAGCUGAAGAAGGUGCGAAAGGACGCGGAGUGGGAGGCUGAGCAUGGUGGGGUGAGCGUCAACGAGAUACCGGCGGUGGAAGAGCUUCGGUCUUUGUUGGAGGCCUGCGUGAAGAACAAUUUCGCGGGUGUGGAGAACCCUCGCAUUUACAGUGAAGCCUAUUCGGGAACCAAAGAGCUGGUUCAAGAAUAUAUUGAUGAGGUGCAUGCGUGUAUCAAAUUGGUUCUGGACGGCAAACAGACCGAUCGGGAAGCCAAGUAUCAGCACUUCAAGCACCUGGACACAAAUUUCGGGCGCACGGCACUAUGUCUGUCGGGCGGAGCCACAUUCGCGUACUAUCACUUCGGAGUGGUCAAAGCACUGCUGGAUAAUGGCGUGCUCCCCGAAAUCAUCACUGGAACAUCAGGCGGAGCGUUGGUAGCCGGCCUAGUGGCAACCCGAACCGACGACGAGCUGAAGCAGUUGCUCGUUCCGGCACUUGCUCACCGAAUCCGCGCUUGUCACGAAGGAUUCACGACGUGGAUUCGUCGUUGGUGGAAAACCGGUGCUCGGUUCGAUACACUAGACUGGGCUAAGCAGUGUAGCUGGUUCUGCAGGGGCUCGACUACUUUUCGAGAAGCCUAUGAAAGAACCGGUCGCAUAUUGAAUGUCUCCUGCGUACCCUCGGACCCUCAUUCCCCCACCAUUCUGGCUAACUAUCUGACCUGCCCCGACUGCGUCAUAUGGAGUGCCGUUCUCGCCUCAGCUGCCGUGCCCGGCAUCCUCAAUCCGGUCGUUCUGAUGACCAAACAGCGGGACGGUACUUUGGCUCCUUACUCCUUCGGGCACAAGUGGAAGGACGGGAGCCUGCGGACGGAUAUACCUAUUAAAGCGCUGAACUUACACUUUAAUGUCAACUUUACGGUCGUAUCUCAGGUCAACCCUCAUAUCAAUCUGUUCUUUUUCAGCUCCAGAGGAACCGUGGGGCGACCGGUCACCCACCGCAAGGGACGUGGCUGGCGUGGUGGCUUUCUCGGCACUGCGAUAGAACAAUACAUUAAACUCGACCUCAACAAGUGGCUCCGAGUCCUGCGCCAUCUGGAGCUCCUUCCUCGGCCACUGGGACAAGACUGGAGUGAAAUAUGGCUACAAAAGUUCAGUGGCACUAUCACGAUUUGGCCGAAGAGCAUCCCGUCCGAUUUCUAUCAUAUUCUCUCGGAUCCGACGCCCGAGCGGCUUGCGCGCAUGAUCCAUGUCGGUCAGCAAAGCGCUUUUCCGAAAAUCCAAUUCAUCAAGAACCGGCUGAGUAUUGAGACGGCGAUCAUGAGAGGCCUCCAAGAAUGUUCCGCCACCGGGGGCCGUUCCUUAUCUCCCAUUUUAUCCCGCCGCAUCCAGCGCUCGCAACACGAACCAUCAGAUGCCCUGCUCGCACGACUCGACGAGAAUUUUCCCGAAAGAAGCGGCGACUCCGGCUACAAGACCGGGUCGCAUUACGCGGACCUCUCUGACAGCCUGUCGCAUUCAACGGCCUCCUCACGCCCUCAGACCCCGAGUUCUCGGAGGGGUAGUGUUAUAGAGGAGAUGCGGCGCCAGUCGGCAGUUUUCUUCGAUGAUGCGGACUUGUACGGUGACGAAGACGCGGUAGUCACUUGA